UAACACCCAACAAAAUAAGUAACUCAUUAUGAAUUCGUCACAACAAUACAGAUUUUAUUUGACAUCAUGCUUAUGUGUCUUCCAAAAACUGGAAAUAAUCGUUCACAUUUCUUAGGUCCUCAAAGAAAAUUUUCACUUUGAAUCCAGGCAUUAUUUAUUUUUUGUUCCAGGAUUUUGGGCCUAAUUUUUUAUUAUCCCUUUAAUGUAUUAAUUAUAUGUGUGUUUUAGGCUCUUUUAUGAGUUUUGUUAUUCCAUAUUUCAAGUAGAGCCAAGUUUUUUAAAAUAUUUUUUUAUUUCAAUGGUUUCCAGGAAGGCACUGUGCAAGGCUUUAAAUGCCUGGAAUAAGAAUGAAAAUAGCUCCCAAAUCUCCUCAAUUCCAGGCAGUUGACCAAUUAAUUAUAUGUGUGUUUUUGGCUCUUUUAUGAGUUUCGUUAUUCCAUAUUUCAGGUAGAGCCAAGUUUUUUAAGGGAUUUCAUAAUUUUUAUUAUUCCAGGCAAUAGAGCUUAAGAUUUUUUGCGAUUUAUGGCAAAAUUUUCUUCUGAGUUCCAGGCAGCAAAGUAAUUAAUUUAAUUUAUGUUUUAGACUCUUUUAUGGGUUUUGUUAUUUCAGGCAAUAGAGCAGGAAAUUUUUUCUCUAAUUUUAGGCAACUAAGCAGACCUUUGUUAAAUUCUAGGCAAUAACGGUCAUAAUUUAACUUUUUUUUAAGCACUUAAGUGAUUUUACACAGAGAUAAACUAAAACAAAUGUUCUGUGGUAAGACAUCAAAGAAACUUCGUAAAGCAAAAUAAGUGAAGAAAUAACGGAAAUGAUCUAAGUCCACAAAAAUAAUAAAUGAUUAAAAAUCUAAAAUAGUGGUAAAAAAUGACCUAUUGUCCUGAUCAAUGUACUUUAGCAUUGCGCGAAGGUCUUUUUUCUUACUUUCCUUCAUUUGCUCAACACCAGGCAGGGCUAAGAGCUCAACCGACUUAAAAUUUUGCACAGUCACACCCUUUUUUAAUACACGGCACUUCUUCCAUCCUAUUAAGUCACUGAAAUUUUUCUUGUACAAUACUAUGCCGGGCUCUUCUUUCGUCACACGUAACCACGACUCACACUCACCCAUAUCUAAGAGUAUGGCCUGGAAGGUCUAGCAGCCGCAAUUGCCGUUUUCACAUCGUUUACUGUCUGAAGCUUAGAACGUUUCGCUUGUUUCUCGAUAAGGGCAAAAUCUCUAUCUGAAGACGAAAAACUAUGGCCGGAAAUUAAAAAUUUAAGGUCGAUGGUGUCAAAAUGUCCAUUGGCUACUAAUAAAAUGUAUAAGAAAAUGAACAUUCGGUUUUUUAAUUGCCCUGCGCAGUUGUCACUCCAUAUACAUAGUUUUCGCUUAUAAGUCGAAAGCUGACCUGUGUUCAAGGCUUGUAGAAGACAUGAUGCCAUUUGGUAGCCACCUCGGCCCGACAGUCCUUCAUGCCAUAUGCACAUUAUACCAUCUGACGUAUCUUGCACAUGUAUUCCAAAAUUGUAGCAUGACAACUGGCGGCUGUAAUACAUACUACUAUGCGUUAAUUUUGGUAGGGAAAAAACUUUCUGUAGAUCCAUGGUAAUCGUACAGGUAUCGCUACCUGGAAGAGUACUACUCGCACUGUCUUCUUGAAUGACCUUUAGAGCUUUAUCUGUUUUUCUAUGAUGCAACUCCAGCUCGUUUUUAGCUUUUUUUGAUACAUUAAAGUCUAUGUUCUUGCUUCUUAAAAAAAGUAAAUCACAAGUCUUGCACGUAUCAACUCUAGGUCUUCUAAAAGACAGAUGUGGAAAAUCCUUUAUAAAAACUCUUCUAUAGAAUUUGUAUGUUAUAGUGCAACCAGGAUGUUUUAUUUUAAAAGCGUUUUUCCCUAAAUUACACCCUGUCUAGUCUGGGUCUGUUUCAAUUGAAAAUCCCGUACCAGGACGUGCCGCGCCUCAAUCUUUCACCCUUGACACACAAACCUUUGAAAAAAUCGAUUAAACUUGCGCCAUUACAAACCACAUUACAGUAUGUAAAAAUAAACAAAAUAAUGGGGCUCUGCCACUGUAAACCUUGCUGCAAAAGAAAGAAAAAACACUACUCCGGAGGCUCUAUAUUAGACAAGGUAAUCAGUCAAAGCUCCAACCAAGACCAAUGUUUACUCUACAAAUUGGCAGAUUACAAAAAAGGGGGCGAACUAAUAAGCGCCUACAACGUCGGAGGUUUGGCGGAAUGCGAAAAACUCAUAAGGGAUCAGUUCGGGCAAUUAAUGUACCACGACGGAAAAGGUCAAAUUAUUAAUCGGUCCGAGUACCUUAGAUGGAAGUUUCGGGAUCACGAGCAGGUUAUUUUGCCGAUAGAAGCGUCGCUGAGUCGACACGACCCGUUGGGCACUUGGACGGACCACGAGGCCUGCUGGCAGAUGCAGUACAGAGGUUCUUUGGGUGAAACUUUGUUGCACGUGUUGAUCAUUUGCGAUACGAAGAUCCACACGAGGUUGGCGCGGACCCUUAUUAAGUGUUUUCCCAAAUUGGCUCUGGAUGUUGUCGAAGGAGAGGAGUAUUUAGGUGCCAGCGCACUCCACUUGGCCAUAGCUUACUUCAACAACGAACUAGUGCAAGAUCUAGUGGAAGCUGGAGCUCUGGUGAACCAGAGAGCUAUAGGUAGUUUUUUCUUACCGAGAGACCAACAAAAGCCGCAUCCGGCGAAACACACCGAUUACGAAGGACUCGCUUACCUCGGGGAGUAUCCUUUGGCAUGGGCCGCAUGUUGCGCCAACGAAAGCGUGUACAAUUUACUGUUGGAUAAUGGGGCGCAUCCGGAUUUGCAAGACAGUUUCGGCAAUAUGAUUUUGCAUAUGGUGGUCGUCUGUGAUAAAUUGGAUAUGUUCGGGUAUGCCUUGAGGCACCCCAAGCUACCGGCUAGUAAUGGUAUUUUAAAUAAGGCCGGACUUACUCCGUUAACUUUAGCUUGCAAAUUGGGACGUGCAGAAGUAUUUAGGGAAAUGUUGGAACUCUCCUGCAAAGAAUUCUGGAGGUACAGCAACAUCACGUGCUCCGCGUACACUUUAAACGCCUUGGAUACCCUGUUGCCAGACGGACGUACCAACUGGAACUCCGCCUUAUUUAUCAUUUUAAACGGUACCAAGGAGGAACAUUUGGAUAUGUUAGACGGCGGCAUAAUCCAGAGACUUUUGGAAGAAAAAUGGAAAGCGUUUGCCAGAAAUCAAUUUUUAAAACGUUUAAUUAUCUUAAUCGUUCAUUUGGCCUUUAUGUCUUUGGCCGUGUACCUUAGGCCCGACGAUCCCGACGAACCGUUACUGGAAUGGUCCGAUGAUGCCUUUGUUAUCGCCAGGAUUGCAGCUGAAAUAGGCGUUCUAUUGAACGUCUUCAGUUAUCUGGUGGUGCAGCAAGGGGACGAAAUAAGAAAUCAAGGCCUUUUCUCAUUUCUGAAGCAACAACUUAAUUCGCCUCCCAAGUUUAUAUUUCUCGUGUCAAAUUUGCUUAUUUUGGCUUGUAUACCUUGCAGACUAUCUGGGAAUAGAGACCUCGAGGAAACGAUCCUGAUCUUUGCCGUUCCCGGAUCUUGGUUUUUGUUAAUGUUUUUUGCCGGGGCGGUACGUUUGACAGGUCCGUUCGUCACGAUGAUCUACAGCAUGAUCACCGGCGACAUGCUCACCUUCGGCAUCAUUUACAUGAUUUUCCUCUUCGGUUUCUCCCAAUCGUUUUUCUUUCUAUACAAAGGAAACCCGAACGUGAACGCCACGCUGUACCACAACUAUUUGUCCACGUGGAUGGCCCUCUUUCAAAUUACUUUGGGCAACUACGACUAUUCAGAACUGGCCCUGACAACGUAUCCAGGCCUGGCGAAAUCAGUUUUCGGAUUGUUUAUGGUAUUCGUGCCGAUUUUAUUGUUAAACAUGCUCAUUGCCAUGAUGGGAAACACUUAUGCGCACGUAACGGAACAGAGCGAGAAGCAAUCGGUGAAACAGUGGGCCAAGAUUGUUAUCGCUUUGGAGAGGGCCAUACCCCAAAAGGAAGCACAUAAUUAUUUACAGGAAUACAGUAUUUCCUUGGGGUCCUCCGAUGACCCCGCUACCGAACAAAGGGGCGUAAUGGUGAUCAAGUCAAAAAAUAAAACCAGGGCGAAGCAACGGAAGGGCGCAGUCGCCAACUGGAAGAGAGUAGGUAAAGUCACCAUAAACGCUUUAAAGAAAAAAGGCAUGACAGGGGAGGAAAUGAGGUGCCUCAUGUGGGGCAGAGAGUCCAUAAACACCCCCGUAAAAGUCAAGGGGCCUAAAAAAGAUUCCUUAUCUAAUCCGGGUGGGCCGGACUUGACUAAUGGUUUCGGAGACGCCCUUACCGCCGCCUUGGACGUGAUGGCCUUCACUCACGAUCUGGAUAUUAACGCGCAAGGUCUUAAUUUGGCUUGCGCGGGGUCUAAGGCCCCACAAACCACGGGUGCAACUGAUUUAACGAAAAACCAGCAGGCAGGUGUAUCGAUGCUAGGAACGUUGAAUCAACUGGGCGUUCAAGCUGCUUUAGGCCCGGACAUCGUAGGGAGUUUGCCAAUAGUUCAAGUUGCGAAUGCGUUAAAUAUGCCCACUUCUGACCCUCUAAGGGAACUGGUCCUAGAAUCCAUCAGUCCUACGGGAAACCCCGAAAGAAUGAUGGCCCUGGCAAUGCAAGCGGCCAAUUUGCCUCCCGCCGAGGAUGUUGUGGGAGGGCAUGAACCUAAAGCGGUGCCAUCCGUGAAGAAUUUAGCAGGAAUAUUCGCCGGGACGGACAAUUUUGUUAAGAAAAUGGAAGAGAAGGUCAAGAAGCAUUAUUUGUUUUUGGAGUGUAGCGAUAGCGACGGUUUGGGCGAGAUCCCUCUGGGCAAACUGGCCCGAAUUCGCAGAGCGAAAUCCGCUCACCUACGUUUCUCGGCUCAAAGGAAAAAACAACGUGCAUUAGACAAACGGAAGUUGAUCGUUUCCAGCGAUUCCAGUUCGUUCGAUAAUUGCCCGGGGGAGGAACCUGGAGGGGCAGCAGUCCAGAUGCCCCAAAGUUUAGAAUAUGCCGAAGAAAGAAUGAGGAGUGUCAAAGAGGAGCUCAAGAGCAACCCUGAAAAUCGGCCAAUCAAUAUAGAUGCGGCCACUAUUCAGGAUACUUUAUCGGUGACCGUGACAGGUGAGUUAUUAAAAGUGGAGGGUGCCGGCGACGGACAGCCGUCACAAGCGAAAAACCAGAAAAAGAAGAAGAGAAAGAAAAGGUCCAAGACGGCGAAACAUAACCGGGUAUGCCCGAGCGUGCCCGAUCCGAGACACUGUAAAUCUGAGGCUCAUAAAUUCGUUGUCGAGCCCUGUAGCUCCCCUGACCCGUUGGAACCGUGGAGCACCAAAACGAUCGCUAAUAUGAACGCCAUUUUGGCAUGGGAGCAAGAUAAUAACAGUUUGUAAUAUGGUUGUGAAUAAUGUUUCACAUCAACAGAACUUGAAUUAGUAGAUACCAGAUCCAGAAGAGAGUUGCAUUGUUAUUAAAGAUCUUAUUUUUUUGAAAAAUAAGAGAUAACUUAAGUAGUUGGCAAUAAUAUUUACUGAGCCAUUAUGUUCAUAAUCAACAGUCAGGUCAAGAUAAUCAUUUCCCCACCCAGUCUGAGGCGAGUUAUAAUCUUGUGCCAAGACAAAUUAACUAUCCGAAUAUUCAUCAAUCACAUAGUCUACAGAAUUACAUAAUUAUAAUAAGGAAGACUUACUUGAUGGCUGUUGAGGUUUUAUACUACUCAUAUCUGAAAUCAAAUUUAUUUACAGUUUUUUCACUAACUCCAUUUGCCUCCUUGAUUGUUCGCUUGUGCGUUCUCACUUAGAAUGGGGUUCAUGUGUGAUUCUUACAAUAUCUAUAUCAAGUGAGUUCAACACAAAUUCCUUAGACAUGUAUAUGACAUACAUGAUAAAUCUGCCUGGUAGCAAUUCUAUCAACCUCACUGUUAUCAAGUCAAGAAGAUUUUACAUCCAACAGCUCUUGAAGAAAUUUCUAAGAUAUCAGUUUUUUACAAUAUUCUCCAUUCCUUUAAUUCAUGCCUACAAGAACAUGGAAACCUUCAUAUAUACCAUAAGCUAUGCCCAAUGUCCUUUCAUUGCCCUGCACAUAGAACCAACUACAGUCAUUCCUGGCAAACCAGCACUCCUGUAAUGUUGACUUCUUUAAUGCAUCUGCCAGAUGCAGGGAAAAUAUUAAAGAAUUUGUAUAUUGAAUUAUUUUCUUUUCCUUUAUCUUGUAUUAUAAAAAAUACGUUUUAUGCAGGGCCGAGCCGUGCCGAGGGUGCAAGGGGUGCGCCGCACCCGGGCGGCGCUCAUUUAGGGCGGCUAAAUAUCCGAAAAAUAAAAUAAAAAAGCGCCAAGUAAUGAAAAAAAAAUUAUGAAUAACAAAAAUUUAUAAAAUUUAAAACUUAUAAUUAAGGCGCCAACAGAAUACAAUGUUUACUGAAACCGAGCAUUGUUAAUAAUAAUCUAUAUAGAUAAAUAAAUAGGUACCAUACCAGGACCAGGUAAUAAAAACAAUGGCACCGCAAUUAUGGUGGGUUCAGCCAGGGUGGGGCCGGCGCCGCCGCCGGUGCUGAUGAUGUUAUAAGGGCGGCGUAAUUAAAAGAGCCGCGUAAAGUACCACCAAUAGUAAUUCCUCGAAAUUUAUUUCUUGCGGAAUUUCAAUACUUUUGAGUAAUAAAUAAUAUGUAUUUUGGAGCUGCAGAAAUAAGCGGGGGUGUAAUGUUUAGAAACUCCCACCCUUUUGUUUUUAAUUUACUUUAAUUUGCGAGUUUUAAAGCGACUUGUCGAUUAGUGUUUAUUUUUAAUACAUUUUAUAUAAAAAUUGUGUUUGUGUUGUUAACGGUAAGUUUAAAAUAUUUUAUUAAUAUCUUCCAAAUAUUUAGAACUUCAUUCCUUAAGCAAUUUUUCACUGGAAAAAGUAAUUUUGUGCCAAUUCUAAAAAAAAAUAUUUGUUGAUUUAGAUGGCUGAUGGUCGAAAGAGGCUUUCUGGUUCCCAAUACCGAAAAAGGAAGCUAGAAAAGGAGGAAGAUGACAGGCGGUUAGCAGGUUCGUUAAAAAAGUUUUUUGCGUCAUCAACGAACCCACAAUCUCAACCUUCAACAAGCCAAAGGCCGGAUGUUCAACCUUUGAUGUCAACUGAAGCCGAUGCCGAUGUAGAACAACCAAAUAAUGGAGAUCAACAACCAUCAGGAGAUGAACUGAAACAAGAUGAUCACUCAACGAAUACGCCAGCAAAUACGUAAACUGAGAACAUUGAAGCUAUUCAGGUAAAUGGAGAACGAUUUAAAGAUCCAGCAUAUUGGCCCGAAAUAUUAAUGGAUAAUAUUAGAUUAUUGAUUUUAGGAAUAGGACCUGUUCAAAUUAAAAAUAUUAAUUAUCCCAUUAAUAAUUUAAAUAGAUGUUUUAGGGCUGCUUACUUUGAAAAAAAAUUAACUAACAAUGAAAAAGUCCCUAGAACCUGGCUUAUUUACUCAAAAUCUAAAGAUUCAGUGUACUGUUUUCCUUGUAAAUUAUUUAAAGUUUCUGAUAAUAGUUUUUAAUGAGGGGAAUGGCUAUAGUGACUGGCGACAUUUAUCUCGGACUUUAGAAAGACACGAAACCAGUAAGGGGCAUUUUGAAAGUGUUAGGAAAUGGCUUGAAUUAAAAAAAUCAAUAGAAAAAGGUUUAACUGUGGACUCUAUCAAUCAAAAUUUAUUUCAAAUGGAAAAAAAAAGAUGGACUUCGAUUUUAGAAAGAAUAAUAUCUGUUAUCCAGUUUUUAGCUGGACAAAAUUUAGCUUUUAGGGGUAAUAGUCAAAAACUAUUUGAUAAGGGUAACGGUAAUUUUCUGAAAUUAAUUGAGACGAUUGCAAAAUUUGAUUCUGUAAUGGCCGAACAUAUUGAUAGAGUCCAAAAAGAUGGGAACAAAAUGCCGCAUUAUUUGGGAGAUAAAAUAAUAAAAAUGAAUUGAUUUUUUUAAUAGUAGAAAAAGUAAAAAAGUGUAUUGUUGAAUGUUUAAAAUUAUGCAAAUAUUUCUCAAUCAUUCUUGACUGUACACCUGACGUUAGUCACCAAGAACAAAUUACCAUUAUUGUUAGAUUCGUUUUUAUUGAUGAUUGUUCUAAAAGUAUAGAAAUUCGAGAACAUUUUUUAGCAUUUUGUAAAAUUACAAACACUACUGGUCAGGGGUUAACAGAUUUUUUUAUUAAAUUAUUUAAAAGAACUGGAUAUUGAUAUUGCCGAUAUGAGAGGUCAGGGCUAUGACAAUGGAGCAAACAUGAAAGGCAAGCACAAUGGCCUACAAAAAAAAAUUUUAAAUAUUAAUCCUAGAGCCUUUUUUGUACCCUGUGCCGCCCAUAAUUUAAAUUUAGUAGUUAAUAAUGCAGCAAAAAGCUCUCUAGAAGUAACUAGAUUUUUUAGCAUUGUUCAGGAAAUAUAUGUCUUUUUUUCGGCCUCAACUUACAGAUGGAAUGCUCUCUUAAAAGAGCUGCCCAGGCUAACACUAAAGCCCUUAUCGGAUACCCGCUGGGAAAGCCGUAUGGAGGCAAUAAAAACUCUUAGAUUUGAGUUAGAAAAAGUGUAUGAUGCUCUGUUUACGCUUUUUAAUGAUGAAAGCAGAUAUAAUGAAACAAAGAAUAUUGCAAUGUCCCUAAUAAAUAAAAUAAAAUCAUUUAAAUUUAUUUGUUCGUUAGUUAUUUGGUACAACAUUUUGGCAAGAAUUAAUUUAAUAAGCAAAACACUGCAAAAGUCUAAUGUUAUUUUACCAGAAGCUGUACAGAUUAGACAGACAUUAACAGAAGUAGACGCCGAAAUUUCCUUUCCAGCCAUUCACUCAAUAAGACCAAGGAAAAAAAAACGUUUUUUGAUUAUGAACACAAGGAUGAGCCAAUCCAAUCUCCAGAAAUAAAUUUUAAAGUAAUUUUUUUUUUAUAUUCUCGAUUUUUCAACCUCAAAAUUGGAUGAGAGAUUUCGCGAUUUACAAAAACAUAUUGAAUUAUUUGGUUUUUUAAACAAUUUGAAAGCAUUUUCCAAACCCGAAAUAAUGACCUAUUGUAAGAAUUUAGAAGCUAAAUUAACUGUCCCUGAAAUAAAAAAUAUGGACAUAAAUGGAUUGGACCUCUAUAAUGAAAUCGACAUAUUAUCAAUUUACAUUAAUGAUAGAAAUAUUUUCUCGGCCAAAGAAAUAUUAAUAUAUCUGGUUGCUAACGAUUUGAAAGCUAUAUUUCCAAAUUUAUUCGUAGCUUUAAGAAUAUUUUUAACAAUGCCAGUCACUGUAGCUCAUGGGGAAUGCUCAUUUUCCAAACUAAAAUUAAUAAAAAACUACUUAAGAUCCACAAUGAGCCAAUCAACACUAUCAAAUUUAUCAAUAAUAAGUAUUGAGGAAGACAUUGUUUCUAAUUUAGAUGUUACCGACCUAAUUAGGGAAUUUGCAUAUAAAAAGGCAAGAAAAGUAAAUGCAUUUAAACCAAGGUUCUAAUUACUUUUUUUUAAUUUCUUUAAAUUAGUAUGUAAGUAAAAUAUAUUUUCUUUAGGUGUUUAUAUCGAUGUAAUUACAUAUUAAUAUAAAAAUACUUAUAUAAGUAAAUAAUAUAUGCUUUUAUGUAUAUUUUUUGUAUAGAUAAUAUUAAUGUAUUUAUUAAUAUAUGUGUGUUUGGAAUUUAA